GAGUGAAGUAGUUUAUUGUUUGAUUGUACGAUGCACGUAUAUGUGGUAUUGGUUUAAAAUAAAAAUUCUCGUUCAAAACGACGGCGCAGAGAAGAUCGUUUUAAAUCUGCAGAAGCUGAAGAAUUUACUGCCUCCAACUCGUACAAAGCAUGUUACGCCACUGGUUAGUGUUACACAACGCGGGCAUUUAAUUUGAUAUAAAUAUUGAGGUUUGCGUAAAAUUACCUUGAACUGCGUACAAACGUAACGAUUUGACAAACGUGAUGUUGGGUAAAAUAAAAGUUUGACAUGUGUUUAAAUUACCGUUGACAAUGAGAAUACUUAUUUCAUUAAACAUGCCCAAAUUACUAUGGUCGUUUAACUGGCGCCAUCUUAGCCAUCGGAACUCAAGUAUGUUUUCCGCCGAGAAUAUUUUAAAUGAAGAAAAUUUGAAGAAGGUCGCCUCAAAGUUCGCGAACAUGCCCACAAUUCGUUUGCAGACUCACGAGCCGAGCAAAAGGGCAGCCGUACUGAUUCCGCUUUGUGUCGUCGACGACAAGGUGUCGCUGCUGUACACCUUAAGGGCGGCAAAUUUGAAAUCGCACCGCGCGCAGGUUAGCUUUCCCGGUGGAAUGUUCGACGACAAGGACAAGUGUCUGGAGCACACCGCCACGCGAGAAACGGAAGAGGAAUUGGGAAUAGGCGAGGAGGACAUACGCGUUUGGGGGAGAGGUAAAUUAAUUGUGACGGCGACCGACAAGUGCGUGUUGCCGAUUAUGGGACAAAUUUUAACGGAUUUCACAUGCAAAUCGUUGAAGAUCAACAAGAAUGAGGUCGAAGAGGUUUUCACUGUGCCACUGGAGGAUUUGUGUGAUCCGAAAUUUUUGCGACAUACGCAGUUUCGUGGAGGAUAUUCAAUGCCGGUGUUCCUAGCGGGUGCUCAUAGGAUAUGGGGUUUGACCGCAUUGAUUACGCAUCAAUUUUUAAAAUCUUUAGCUUUAAUUGUAACUUAUAAUAACAUUGUGCCAAUGAUACCAUAUGUACGAAACAGUAGUAGUAAAAAAUAUAAUAGCUAAUUU